GGGGGAGUGUUUUGUGUGUUCGUGAGUUUUAUGAGGCAAGAGGAAAGAUUUUUGAUUUCCUUUCACUCACAGAAACUGAAGCAUAUCUUCUUCUCCUCUUCCCGAAGCUCCAGCAAUGGCUCCUAAGAAAAGCACGAAUAAAAGCCACGGAAAAGCCAAAGAUGGCGUUAAACCCCCGUCAGCUAAUAGGAAUGGGAAGAAGGCAAGUUCCAGCAGCAGCAGCAGCAGCAGCAGCUUCUUCAACUGGUUUAUCGUCCUGGCCCUGCUGGGAGUCUGGACAUCUGUGGCCGUAGUCUACUUCGACCUGGUCGACUAUCAGGGAGUCAUUGACAAAGCUAAGGGCAUUCAAAUUAAUCUGUCUGAGGCCUUGCAAGGUAAACUUGUGGCCUACGACACAGACGGCGAUGGUGAUUUUGACGUCGAGGACGCUAAAAUUCUGCUAGAUGAAAAACCCAGUGAGUCUGCUAGAAGAGGAGCUAAGAAAGGACUGAAAGAGAGAGCCGCUGACGUCAUCACCCGUAGUGAAGAAGCUGCCGCCCCAGUGGAGACUCCUGAACCCACACCAGAGGAUAUUGUGGAGCCUGACCCUGAGCCUCUGGAUGAUGUGAUUGAAGCUGCUGUGGCAGAGGAAUUUACUGCUCCAGCACCAGAGCCUGAAGUGGCUGAACCUGUAGAAGAAGAACUUGAACCUGAACCUGAACCUGAACCUGAACCUGAGGUGUUUGAGGAGGAUCCAGAGGUGCUGGAGGAGGAGCCUCCUGUUGUAGAAGAGGAUGUCCCAGAGGAGGAGGCUCCAGAGGAGGAGGCUGCUCCAGUUGAGGAGGAGGCAGCAACUCAAGAGGAGGUGCCUGUUGAGGAGGAAGAACCCGCAGUCGAGGAGGAGGCUGCUCCUUCAGAGGAAGCUAUGGAGGUAGAAGCUGUUCCUACAGAGGAAGCCGUUGAGGAGGCUGCUCCUGAAGAAGAAGCUGCAGAAGAGGCUGAAGAAGCUGCUCCUGAAGAAGCUGUGGAGGUGGAGGCUGCUCCUGAAGAAGAAGCUGUGGAGGUGGAGGCUGCUCCUGAAGAAGAAGCUGUGGAGGUGGAGGCUGCUCCUGAAGAAGAAGCUGUGGAGGAGGAGGAAACCGCCCCUGAAGAAGAAGCUGUGGAGGAG